AUGAAAGUGUUUGUUAGAACCAAAAUUGUUUGUACAAUUGGUCCAAAAACAAUGAGUGAAGAAGCUUUAAUUAAAUUAAUUGAAACUGGUGUGAACGUUUGUAGACUCAACUUUUCACAUGGUACUCAUGAUGUAAGUUUUUACACUUUUUUUUUUUUUUUUUUUAUCGUUUUAAUUUUUUAA